CACUUCUGUGUGUGCCACCGUGUCUUAGUGUGUCAUGUAGGACGCAGCACCUGCUACCGGCAUCGUUGUUAUUAAUCAAGCGGAUUACAAUGAACAAGGUGAUCCCAGCGAUAUGCCUCUUGUUCCUGGGCUAUGCCUCAGGUAUAACGAAUCAGAAGAAUGAGACGGCAGAAGCUGCAGCAUCGGAAACAGUGAACAGGCGAGAGGCACCACCAGAGUUUAUUACUCCGCCACACGGUGGUGGUAUCGGCAAUAUCUACCUGCCACCUAGCGACAGUUUCGGUCCACCCCCAAGUGACAGCUACGGGCCACCCCCUAGUGGGCCCUCGACAGGACCAUCUGGUAGUUAUGGGCCGCCACCCAGUGGACCUCAUCCAGGACCCUCAGUUAGCUAUGGACCACCUCCAAGUGGACCACCAACAGGACAUGGGCCUCCAGGCACCUACGGACCACCGAAGCCAGUCUAUGGACCACCUCCCGAUAGCAUCGGUCCACCCCCCGACCUCAGCUCCCCGCCCAAUGACAUCUACGGUCCACCACCUCCAGGUGACAUCUACGGCCCACCACCACCAGGAGACGUAUACGGUCCACCUCCCGGGAAUUCCUACUUGCCACCGUCUAGGCCAAGUGGUCCUAAACCAGUGUAUGGUCCACCGCCAAGCAGCAAAUUCCCAUCUUUCAAUAUAGGUGGAUUGAAACCACCCUCAGACUCUUACGGGCCACCAGACUUUGGUCCGCCAACGUCUAUAUAUGGACCUCCCAACCUAAGACCUCCUAAGUUGAAACCAAUUUAUGGGCCCCCUAAACCAAAUUAUGGUCCACCAAAGCCAUCAUUCGGUCAUGGACCACCAAGUGGAGGACCUCCAAAGCCUAUCUAUGGUCCACCGAAGAAUGGCGGAGGAACGUUUCUGAAACCACCAAAGCCAGCCUACGGUCCACCAAAACCAAACUACGGGCCACCUAAACCCAGCUUUGGACCACCUAAAAAUACUUAUGGACCUCCACCUAAGCCGUCUUAUGGGCCUCCUCCAAAACCGAAACCAGUGUAUGGCCCACCUUCAGGACAUGGCCUACAUGCUCCUCCAGGCGUUCCUUCUCCUCCAACUCCACCAGAAAUUUCAUACGAUGGAUGGCAACCCAUACCAGGAAUUUCACAUCCUCCUGGAGACCAUUCUGGUCCCAGCGAUUCGUAUGGCCCUCCUACAAGUCAUGGUCCUCCGAGUGAUGCUUAUGGACCUCCUUCUGGUGGAAAUGGUCUUAUAUCGGGACCUGGAGGUGGUCACGGUUCGGUAGAAGGUUCACUUACGCCUCCAAGUGGAAGUUAUGGACCACCCAGUGACUCUUAUGGACCUCCAAAUAGCGGCUCUGAUGUAUCUUCUGGAAACUAUGGACCACCACCAUCUCUCCCAAGUAGCUCUUACGGUGGUCCACCGCCUCCUCCUCCUGGAAAUCAUCACGACCAUCAUUCAGGAACCUAUGAUGGUCCACCGCCUCCGCUCCCUCAAUCGCCUCCAGUCUCAAUAAAGCCAGUAUACGGCGUACCAAAUUCAGGAAGGGAUAUUUCACACGGUGAUUUAGCUCCACCUAAAACAUCGUAUGGUGUACCUAGCGGCUCCUAUGGUGCUCCAAAUGACUUGCAGGCUCCAGGUGAUUCCUACGGUCCUCCUCUCCCACCAAGUGGCUCGUAUGGACCACCUAGCGGUCAUGACAGUAAUAUCAACAUAUUGAACUUACUUACUAAAGGAGAAGGUCAUGGCUCAGGAUCCAUAAUAUCGGAUCUUACACCACCAGGAUCCGUUCAUAGUGGCCAUGGAGGUGAUCUUGCCCCUCCUCCACCAAGUUAUGGAGCACCACCGAGUGACAACUAUGGGCCACCACCCAGCGGCAGUUAUGGACCACCUCCUAGUGGAAGCUAUGGGCCACCUCCUAGUGGAAGCUAUGGACCACCUCCUAGUGAAAAUUACGGACCACCUCCUAGUGAAAACUACGGACCACCUCCUAGUGAAAACUAUGGACCACCUCCUAAUGAAAAUUAUGGACCACCAAGCAACGCUUACGGACCUCCACAAGGUAGCUUUGGUGUUCAAUUAUCAUCUUGUUGUGGAACGCCACCUCCAGAUAUUGGAGGACACGAGCAUAAGUCUUCUCUGCCCUUAGCAUAUGGAGUCCCUUCAGGAAUGCAAAUAGAAGGACCUAAAAUACAGCCAAAAGUUCCAAUAAAAUUUAGAGAUCCUGUGCCAAAAGGAUUGCUGGAAGCUAUUGGGGAGUCUGCUGAAUAUAAUACAAACGGUCAUGGAAGACCCUUCCAAGGAGGGACAUACAUUCCGCCAAGCGUUCCAGAAGUACCGCAAAAACAUCCAGAUGAUAUUCAUACCAACUUUGAAAGUAGCCAUAUUGAUCAUAGUGAAGGUCGUAAAGGAUCUAGUUUUCAUGGCGGUAAUCCAUCAGCUGACUUGAGCCCACCACAAUUGCAAAAUCUAGACGCCUCUAAUAACUAUGGGCCACCUCCACAAAGUUCUCAAGGAAAUCACCAGGAUUUUGCUGGUCCGGAGUUGCUUCAUUCUUUAGGACUGGAGGGUACAGAUAUCAGCAAAUCGAUAUCUCACGAGUAUACACCUAAUUCAGUAGACAUACCUAUUAAUGGCAACCAAGGAAGCUAUACUCUGAACAUUCAAUCUGCCAACGGAGAAUCGCAUGGAAACAUUCCCCAUCAACACGUUCUCUCAAAUGGCCUUUUGCAAGAUAUACUCGCAGCGAUAGAACACCAGCCUGCAUCUAUCCAACAAGUUCAACCAAGCUAUGGAGUGGUUGACGCUCACCCCAGUGGAUCUGAACAGCAUGAGGUUAACACAGGGCCAAGUGGUCCUGAUCUACAAAGAAUCAAACACGAGAGUAAAGAUGAGACUUUAGUAGCUCAAGAAAGUGUAAACCACGAAUCUCGCGCACAAGUUGUACCACCACCUUCAGACAGUGGAAGGCAUGGAAAACAAGAUUCAAAUUCUCAAAGAGAGGCAGCGAACAGCCAUUUGGUAAGGAAAGAGCAAGAGCUCGUACAACAUCUACUGGACAGUGGAUUUACUUCGAGUGGGAUAGCUUUGUAUUUUAAUCCUGAUUUAAGAAAAAAUAAUACCAACAGUGGAAAUAAUACUUCCUCUAACAAUUUAGAAGCAGACCCUUCGCAAAGAUUAGUGACUUUACAACCAAUGAACUCUACCGAAAGUAAAUCGGUCGACACACACAACAAGCAACAGUUUUAUGAGAAUUUACAGCCGCAUAAAACUAACGAUAUAAUAACAGCAGAAUCGUCGACAAGAGAGCGUUCGGAAGUACAACAAACCUCGAAAUUAGCUGAAUCAAAACACCCGGAAACAUUAAAAAAACAAAAAUCUCAUACUUCGCAGUCUUCUAAAAUGGCUGAGCCUAAGAGGGUCGAAAGGACGCGAACGACCAACACUAACUUUGACAAGUUGCCCGAAGGGAGCUUCGUCAACUUCAACUCUCCGUCGAACCAGUACUCGUACGACAUCAUCAACAAGCGGUAGUGACCUUGGCAGUGGGUCCUCUCCUCUCGAACUUAUUUAUUAUUCCCCUCUGCUGAUCUGUGUGCCAAUGAUGUCAGUUGUGAAAAUGUAAAGACUAUUUACGAGUUGUUAAUAUUUAUGUACUGAUGCCAAGUUAUAUGAUGUACCUUUUGUAAAUAAAUUAUAAGUUAGUUUGUAUUUUUUUUUUACCUGUUCUUUAUAUUUUUUAA